UGCAAAACGAUUACUGCAGUUUGCAAUAUCCGUAGGUGCUCUCCACCAGAACCGACAUUUGGAGGUAUAUGCGUGCGGUAUAAUUAGUGUGGGGAAAUUACGCGCGGGAAACUUUUUUAAUACUAAUUUCGACAAAUUGUUUGUUUUCUUUCAAUCAGUUAAAAGUGAAUAAUGGUACCCGUUUUACUUUGUAUAAUACUUUCGCUAGUGCAAAGAGGAACGCUAUAAUAGAGAGUGAAACAAUAACAUUAUGUUAAAUUGUCUUCGACCGCGAGUUAUCUGUUAAUUGUCAAGUUCUCCGGCAGUUUUCUUUCAGCUUUCAAUACUAGCGGUCUUGCCUAUCGUUCAGACGCAGGUUUUUCAGUGAACGUUAGAUCUUUGCCUUUGUUAUUCGGUAACGCAUGGUAGUUUGGGAGAAUUUUUAACUUUGUGCGGCUUAAAUUUGUAUACAAAUUUUUGUUAAGCUUCAUUAAAGGAUCGCAGCAGCAUGUCUGGUUUGGAUUACAUUUUAGAUGGUUAUAGGCACUUUAUGGAAACAAAGAGUGAUCCUCGAACAUCUGAAUGGCUACUGGUAGGAUCGCCUGGUCCACUGAUUACAAUACUAGUCACCUACCUGUAUUUUUGCAUAUCUGCCGGCCCGAGGUACAUGAAAGAUAGGAAGCCGUACGAUUUACGGAACGCCAUUUUGGUCUACAAUGCGAUUCAAGUCGUCAUGAGCGUAUUUCUGGUUUAUGAGGGCCUGCAAGGAGGAUGGUUCAACGGGUAUAGCUUCACCUGUCAACCUGUGGAUUAUUCAUCAAAACCUCAGGCAAUGAGAAUGGCAAAAGCAGUGUGGUGGUACUACAUUUGCAAAAUUACGGAAUUGUUGGACACCGUCUUCUUUGUUUUAAGAAAAAAGUCGAACCAAGUAUCCUUCUUGCAUCUCUACCACCACUCCAUGAUGCCAGUAUGCGCUUGGAUAGGGGCACGAUUCCUACCUGGGGGCCAUGGAACAUUGUUGGGAUUCAUAAAUUCCUUCAUUCAUAUUGCGAUGUACAGCUAUUACCUUCUCGCAUCACUAGGACCACAGUACCAAAAAUACUUAUGGUGGAAAAAACAUUUAACACGAUUGCAACUGGCUCAAUUCUGCAUAAUUUUCAUUCAUAACUUCCAAAUGAUAUUCCGUCAGUGCAACUACCCCCAAUUUAUAGUAUUCCUCCUUGGCACGCAAGCGCUGUUCUUCUUAUACCUGUUUGGAGCAUUCUACAAGAAAACUUACACGAAGAAGAAGCAAACGCAAGAAGCAGUAACCGUAAACAAUAACACCAAAAAUGGAAAAUUAAAGGAUAUGUAACCUACAUAUAAUAUUAGACACAAUUUCGGCUGUUAUUCAAUUUUUGUUUUUAAAUAUAGAUCUUGCAUUUUUAUAAAGUGCGAUUAUAAAAUAUUAAAGAUUUCGAA